GAUGAUGAUGAUGGUUUCUUCUUCUAGUGUAAAAUGGAACCCUGUUCUGUUCUGCAUUUUCUGAAUUCCUGAUUCCUUCCCACUCACUCACUCUACUUUAACUUUAGCUUUUGUUUGUCUGUAAACGCAAAACAAAAAGAACAUCUCCUCUCCAUCUCUUCAAUUCACUUUAAACCCACACGCACACUCUCUCUAAAAUCAUCUAAAGGUAGAAAAUCAAAGAAAAAAAAAAUUCACAGAUCAGAAGAAACAGUAGCAUAAAAAUCAAACAUGUGGUUCUCAUUCUUUCUCAAGGAGGAGGAAUAGAGAAUCAGUCAAUUACUACUACUAUUCUACUACUAGUGGUGAGUGAAUUUAGUGAGUAGAGAAGAGGAAGAAGAUUAGUAGUGCAAAUCAACAUCAUCAUCUCUGUCUCUCCAUUCGUCAAAACAGAGCCUCCUUUCUGGAUCCCACUCGCUCAGUUCACUAUUAAUUUACAAACAGACAAGAAGAAGCAAACAAACAAACACCUGCAGGGUUUUAUCAGUUUCAUCGAUUAAUUCCUCUCUUGUUUUUCACGUCCCAGAAUACUACUUCAUCACCAACAUACACCAGCAGCUAAUUAAAGAGAAGAAAACACUUGAUUGUUUCAUCUUCAAUUUCAUUAUCUGGGUUCCAAAGAUUAUUAUUCUCCAAAGAUUUGAUUUUUCAGUCCAUUAAGAUUUCAUCAAUACAUAAUCCUGAGACACAGAAUCAGAAAGUACAGAAACAUGGUGGAGAAGAUGGUGAUUGAGCAAGCCCAGAGCAAGAAGAGGAAGUACAAUCAUGAAGAAGAAGAUGAUAUGAUGAUGGGUUUUUCAAUGGAAGACCAAUUGAAUCAAGAUUUGGUAGAAAAAGUACUUUCAUGGCUACCAACAUCAAGUUUCUACCGUUCACGUUCAGUGUGCAAGAGAUGGAAUUCAGUUGCAGAGUCUGCAUCUUUCAGGCUUGCUUGUCGUCAAGUCCCCACCAGGGAUCCCUGGUUUUUCAUGGUUCAUAAUUCUCACCUUGAUCAAUCAAUUGUUUUCGAUACUUCACAAUGUAAUUGGAAACAUCUUAACAAUAAGCGCCCAAGGCGUAAUCGAGAAAUCGAACAACAAUCAAACCUUGCUACUGAUAACAGCAUCAGCAGCGGAAGCAAUGAUUUGAUUCCUGUGGCAGCUUCAGGUGGAUUGGUCUGUUUCCGGUCUACAGGUUCCGGUGCGUUUUUCGUGUCCAACCCGGUCACGGGUGCUUCCCGAGAGCUUCCUGUUCUUACAAUUUCUAUUGCUAUGAAUCAAAACAUUCAUGCAAUUGCUAUGAAUUCAUCUCCAAAGGGUUCUUACAGACUAGUACUAGUCUUGGGCGAGCUGCCGAAUCUCGCGGUCAGUGUGUACGAAUCUGAGAAAGAUUGCUGGGAAGAAGAGACUAAGUUAAAGAGUCAGAAGGCAGAGGUUAAGGCUGUGGAAGGAGGAGAUGAGGAUGAUUCAUCAGAGGCUGCCGGUGGUGGUGGUGGAGAUGAAGUGCUUUAUUUUCUCAGCAAGACUGGAGAUGUGGUGGCAACUAAUAUGCAGAGAAGUCCGUCGAAGCAGUACUCAUCGGUCAUAGCCGUUAAAGAUGGGCAAGAGAUUAUUUACUUUCUCAGCUCAUCUGGUACUGUUGUAGCUUGCAAUCUCGCUAAGGAGACGUUCUUCGAGUACCCAAGGAUGUUGCCAGUUUGUUACGAGUACUCUAUCGAUGUGGUCGAGUGCAGAGGUGAAAUGUUGGUAGUUGUCUUGUCAGAAUUCCUCGAAACUGCAAGCCUCAGAGUGUGGAGAUUCUCCGAAGAAGAGAAAGAAGAGAAGGAUCGAACCUGGUGUCAGAUUGCAGUAAUGCCUCCGAGUAUGUCGCAGGAAUUGUAUGGCAAGAAGGCGGAUAUCAACUGUGUGGGUUCAGGUGAUGCGAAACUGAUGAUAUGUGUGAAUUCGAGCAAGGUUAGCAGGUACCUGAUAUGUGAUCUGGAGACGAAUGGCUGGACUGAAUUGCCAAAGUGUGUUGUGGAUGGAAAGCCCAAGGAGUUCAUGUCUGCAUUCUCUUUCGAGCCUCGAAUUGAAGCUCGCGUAUAAGAAGAGAUCGACUCUGACUCGGAUGAUUUUAGAGAUCUGUGUUUGUAGGUUCCGUUAAAAAUUUAUUAGUUCAGGACUAGUGUGCCGCGGCUAUUCUUAAUUUUUGGUUGAUUUAUCAGUUGAUCUUUGUUGCAGAUUCAAUUACUGGUAAAACACACAUUCUUCAAUACAGCAAUGUGUCAUAUUACAAUCUCA